AUGUACGGUGUCAGCAAGCGUAAAGGGCCUGGGACUGUGUAUGCGAGUUCUGGUGCCUCUAACAUAUCGUACGAUAACGUCUACCGUGGUGAUGAUGAGGAUAUCCAUACGAGCCAUGGGUUCAGAAGCACCAGGCAGAAGAGGUUUAAAUUCGUCAGCCCCAGCGUAGACGACAUCAGGGAUGAUGAGGAUGUGGCAAGUGGAUCUGAGGGCCUCAGAGUGGUCAGUGGUGUGCGUGAUUUAAUAGGUGAUAUCGAUAUACAAUGGCACGUAGUGUUGGGAGAUGAGCAAAGCCACUCUGUAAAUCCUCCAUGCACCAAGCCAUCAGAAAAGACGAGGAGGAAACGAAGAAUUGUGCACUACGAUGAGCCUCCAGAAGGAGAGCUGGAGCCACUAACGUUCAAACUGAAGAAGAUGGACUCAAAGGUGAAGUUCCAAAGGGGAUUGGUGAAUACGAAGCCGGCACAACCUCCCACUGAUGCCACAUUCAAGGGGUUUUGCAAAUCCAUUCAACGUGCCACAACGCCGUUCAUAGCAGAGGUCAACUAUAUAGGGAAGUACAGCUUGUCCAAGGGUCCUUUGCCGUUGUCUAAGCAUGCAGCAUCGACAAUAUUACAGGGGAGAUUCACUACAUCAAACACUACAGGUGAAACGCUACACUCACCACAACAGCACAAUGAGAGAACAGUGGUGAAAGUUGAAAUCAAUCCACUACUAUUGAAAAGGCUCGGUAUAUAG